AUGCCUUUGGCGUUCCGUAACCGAUGUGGUCAUUUCAUCCUCGUAUGUUUAGGCGUUCUACUACUUCUACUCCCUGGGUAUGCAUACGAGGAACUCUCCGAUGGGUCGCUGAAGGCGCUGUCACGACCGAAUGAGGAUUUCGAUAUCCAUAAUGGUGCCCUCCUAUCCCCCAUUCUCCAAACUCGCGUUCCCGGAACCCCCGGCCACGAUGCGGUUCUUCAACACCUCGUCAACUACAUCCGAACAACUCUCCUCAAAUGGGAGAUCGACUUGCAGAAUUCCACGUCGCGAACUCCCGUUUCCAAUGGCAAAGAUGUGCCCUUCGUCAAUGUGAUUGCCUAUCGUGAUCCCCCAGGCGCUUCGGUGGGGGAUGUCGAACGGUUGACAUUGGUCGCGCAUUACGAUAGCAAGUUGACACCGGAAGGGUUCAUUGGGGCUAUUGAUAGUGCUGCACCAUGCGCAAUGAUCAUGCACGCAAUGCGCAGCAUCAAUAUUGCUCUUGAUAAGAAGUGGGCCGAUAUGCAGGCGCGAGGCAUGGACCCCUCCUUCGAGGAAGAGCGUGGCAUCCAGGUUCUCUUCCUCGAUGGCGAAGAGGCUUUCGACCACUGGACUGACGACGACUCUCUGUACGGUGCUCGCUCUUUGGCAGAGACAUGGGAUCAGGAAAUGAACCCGGCCAUGUCCACAUUCAAAACUAAACUCUCGUCUAUAUCGCUUUUCGUUCUUUUGGAUCUACUUGGCUCCAAGUCUCCUAGUAUCAUGUCGUUUUAUCAGACCACACAUUGGGCUUAUCAAAACAUGGGCGCUCUAGAACAGCGUCUUAGAUCAUUGGGUCAAUUCAAGUCUUCAUCGUCCGACCCUUGGUUCAUUGAUACCUCGAAAGAUUCACGACAGGUUGUGGCGAUGGGUGGUAUUCAAGAUGACCACAUUCCUUUCUUAGCUCGAGGUGUGGAUGUCUUGCAUCUAAUCGACUUUGCACCCUUCAAGGGAUUCCCUCCCGUGUGGCACACCAUGGAUGAUGACGCUGAACACCUGGAUAUGGAUACCGUGGAGGACUGGACCGUGCUUGUCACCGCUUUUGCCGCCGAGUGGAUGGAAUUGGAAGGAUUCAUCGGUGAAGCAGGAAGUGUGAAGGCACGAAGGGACGCGGAAGUUGAGGCGGAGGCGAUCCGGUUGAAUAAAAAGACUGAGUUGUAA